AUGGAUUCCCUGAGGAAAGACGCGAGGAGUAGACAAUGGGAAAAAGUCAUCGGAGACGCCAAAGACCAGAUCGCAGCCACAGAGGCGGAACAAGAACGUCGUCUCAAGGCUCUGGUCGAUACGACCAAAGAAGAAAACUCUACGCCAAAAGAACUUCCUCCGUCGACACCAGAUUUGUAUUGGGAUACAACUUGGUCGACUGUACUUGACUGGUGCUCAGCACAAGACGCUGAGAGAUACUCUGCUGGCUUUCAAGGUUGGCAGGGCAUGCCGUUGCAUUUCCUUAAAAGUCGUACUCAAUUUGAACUACAAGUAAUACUCAACCAUGAAAGCAUCCUUCACAAAUUUUACGGCGGCCCAAACUGUGAAGAAUUGGUACCCAAUCCACAGGGUUAUGCUCUUACCAAAAAGAAGAUGCGCACGUUGGAAUGGUCAAUCCUCAAGCUUACCAUCCAACUCCUGAGCCACUGUCCCUCUAUUGAUGAAAACCAUACCAUUGUACAAAAGCAUUACGGGAAGACCAUAGCAAAGACUGUAUCAUGGGACGGUAACCGAUGGGCAGACUACCUUGAUGAGGCGAAUAGCCGUCUUGAUACGCUCCAUCACGAAGACUGUGACUCACAUAUCUACGAGACUUUCCCUUCUCCGAACGCGCCACGAUUUGUACACAGCCCAAGUGAAAAGGAGAAUGAGCUCAAAGAUUUCAAUUUCACACUAUAUGAAAUGCUUCAUGAGAUGACGUCUUUGUCACCUGCCAGCAUAUCGGAGAUAUGUGCGCGACUAUUGCGUCUAGAGAUCGCUCCAGACAUCAAUACUUACAACCUGCUUCUGAUCAGGUUCUGCCAGCUUCGAGAGUACCACUUAGUCCAUGCAAUAUUGCGUUCUCUUCGUGAAACACUGACAAGACCGAAUGAGAUAACACACGCAACGUUAUUAAGAUUUUUCGCAGUCACAAAAGAUAAAUGUUGGUUUAGGAAGUAUCUAGAUCUGAUGAAUGGUUUGCACGGUGGUCUAGUAUUAGCUUGCCCUGGACGCCCCAUUUCUACACUAUCGCGGUCGCGGUAUCAAUGGUUCGAUGGAAUCAAGACCAUCAAGAUUGCGGAGAAAUCACGCCUGAACGCGGAAGUUUAUACAUGCAUAAUUUCAGGCAUUCUACAAAUGUUCAAUCCUCAGGAGGCCAUGAUAUACUACUGUAGUAUGGUAAGUGAGGGCUGGAAGCCAACAAUGCAGCUUCUCACCGUAAUUCUGAAAAAUUGUCAGUAUCAGGGGGACUUAGACUCAGCAAACAAAAUCUGGCAAAAGAUACUGUCUCUGCAGGACCAAGGGGAGUCAAUUCGUCAAGAGGCAUAUAUCUAUAUUCUAGAUUUAUGUCACCGCUUUCGAAGCACAUCUACAUACCGACAGAUUUUCGAUGAUGGCGUGGCUUGUGGUGAUUUGUCUACAAGUUUCCGCCUCGAUGACUACCCGUCAAGCCACACCACUGAAGCAGUCAAUGCAGACUCAAGAAAGUCAGUAGACUCUGACGAGCAGCCCAGAGACCUGUCUCAAUCACAGGCAACUCUAGAAAAGGAGACUGCGCCUUUACACCUCCGCGGCAUGAGUGAUAGACCGACAAGGCAAGCCCUCACACCCACAUGUUUGCUCUGGAUAAAUUAUGGCAAAAUCGGCCUGACCACACUUUUAUCUACAUCAAAACUUGACCGCGCCUGGCCCAAAUUUCAGAAAAAGUAUCCUUACUUAAGCGAGAGGGUCGUAGUGGAUUCCAUCUCCGACCAUAAAAACAGCCAAAGCUCAAUAAGGCUUCAAUACAAGUAUUCAGAAUUGUACAGCAGCCUUGUCCAGUCGAUGCAAGAUGAGAAGGAGACUCACAACUAUGUCAUGUGGCUUCAACAGCGUUGUGCUCUGAGCAAGAAAAACGUUGAAACUCUUGUCAAAGAUGCUCAAACUUUGUUGAGGCUGAAGCGUACGUUAGUGGCAAUGAAUGAAGAAUAUGAAACCCUCUUAAGUCUCCGAAAGUCGAUAGCCGCCAUCGAGACUUCACUACAGACCAUCUCAUCUAGCCUAGCGGUAACCGCAAACGAGGUUGGCGGCCCUACUGAGGCUUCAUCAGUUCUUGAUCGUCAGAAUGCGAACAUUCAUGAUAGAUUGCAUAGUGCAGGCACUUUAGAAGUGGAUAAAGCAUAUCAAGAAUUUCGAGAGACGACAAAUCAGAUACAACCGACGGAAACGACCAAAGCUGCGUAUAACGAAGCCCUCAGUUUGCACCAUAAGCGAGUCCGCGCUUUGGUGCCACAUUGGCUGGACUCUCAGCCUCAGCCUCAGCCUAUACCGUUGGAGGCGGGUUGA